AUGAAGUCAUCUCUCCUGGCACAGUCGUCAUUACCGUUCUCAAAUCGCCAUUUGGAAAAUGCUAUAUCAAUGACUGAAAAACAAGUACCAUUAAAACCAUACAACCCAUUGACGGAUAUUGUCACUGACUACUUCAGAAAUCAACACGCUCACUGCGAACACCCGGUUGUCACUUGUCCACCGUUCUCGUUUUAUUAGUAAGUUUUUCACAUUUCUUGGCAUAACUUUUUUGAAAUGAUAGAUAGUGGCUUAAAAGUUUGAGGGAUUGUUGGUUAUAUACAGACUUAUGUUGAGUUAAAAACGUUUUACGAAAUGUUUAGUACUUUUAAAGUUACAGUAAUUUUACCAUAAGCUUAAUUUUUAAAAAAUUUUUGAAAUUUUGUUUUUUUUUUGAAAAUUUGACAGUGUGUUUUAUUAAGCGUGGCAAGAUGUGUUUAUGUUCAAAAUUUUGUGUUGAUAUAUUAAGUUUUGGCAAAGUUAUGAUAAUUUGAAAAAGUCGAAAAAUCAAAAAAAGUUCGAAUCCGCUUGGAGACAGUUGGAUAAACUGCCAUUUUCUAACACUAUUAACUUUAGACGCAUAUAAUCUUGAAGGAAAGUUAAUUGUGAAUAACUACGUAUCAGAAAAAAGUUAUUGCUUUGUCAUAUAACAUUAAAAAUGGCAUUUUCAGCCCUCACCGAUGCCCAAAACCCCGUGAUCUGUUCCGAGCCCCAGUCAACCUGGUCGACCGUUUCUUCCACUCUCAAGCCAUGCCCUAUCGAAACACUCACACAAUGUUCAAUCGUGCCAACCGCAACCUCGCCUUCUCUCACUACUGCCCAGUAGACCUGUUUGACAUGGAGGAAGAGACUCUAACAGCCUGCGCCUUCUCCUACGAUGACAGUUUCAUCCACCUGGGCACCUACUCUGGCGACGUCCAUUGGAUGAGUGUAGCGACCGGUCGGUCCGAAUCCAGUGCAAACUGUCACAACACGUUCAUCACUUCGGUACAACACAGUACGGAUGGUACUAUGCUUCUGACUUCUUCUGUUUAUGUACCACCAUUGUCAGCCUUGUGGAGGACUGGUGAAACACAAGAGGAGAUUCACACCUUUGCCGAUGACAUGGACAUGAGCUUUAGUCAUGUCAACAACGACAGGAUUAUUGGAACGCAGAUGCAUGCUGCUAAUGUAAGUGUUUUUUGAUUUUAUUGGGAAGGAUUGGGUUAUCAGGGGAAAAUAAGGGGGUUUGAUGGGGAAACGGAUUCUUGGAAAUUUUAGGUAACAAAAAGUUGUAAGUAGCGAAAAAGAGAUUUUUUAUAGUUAGAAAUACACUUUUUUGUAAAUAUCUUACCUAAAAACGUAUUUUUAUACGUUUUGUUAUCUAAAAUUAUUUUUUUGUAGAUUUUGAAACUCAAAAAUGAAAUUUUUUAAUUCGUUACUUAAAUGUGCCCAAAGUAUAAAAACUAGCUUAAUCUUUCUUGUUCUAACCUACAACAAUAUUUUUUCUUUUAGAUAUACGACACAGAAAUCGGAGAACUCCUACACACCUUAUCAGACACGGAAGUCGCCAACAGAUACCAAGGUCUACUACGGAACAAAGCCGUCUUCAACUACACUGACAACCUCGCCUUAAACGAUGGAAUCCUAUGGGACGUGAGAGCCGCGAAUCGCGCCCAAAUCGUCCGAAAAUACGACAAAUUUUCAAAUGAAUACUGUGGUAAAUUCCACCCAAAUGGCCAUGAAGUCAUCAUAUCUGGCUCUGUCUGGGACAUAAGAACCCACCAACUACUACGGCAUGUGGCAGCACUCGACAACUGCGACUACUUCUUUAACAACUCUGGCGAUGUUAUUUUCAGUGUGUUGGCCAAAGAGCAACCGGUCCGAGACGACCAGUUCUUCUCGGCCUACGAGUCUAACUUCAGAGUCAUCGACAGCUUCGACUACCACGUCAUCACCACGGUCGACACGAAGCGAGAUAUCGCUGGUUUUGCCAUCGAUCAUGCUGACAAAUUCAUAUGCACGAUAGAACGGUCAAGGACCAGCGAUGAGCCCUCGAUGUGCCGAAUCUACGAAAUUGGAAAACCGGCUGAAUUCGCCGGUGAAGACGAGAACGACGAUGAAGAUGAUGACAACAAUGACGACGACGAUGAUGACGAUGAAAUCUUCUCGGAUUCGAGUGUAUCAAGCAGCGAAGAUGGGCUACGAGACGAAGACGACUACAGUGAAGACUCGGACGAAUUGGUGGAAGAUAUGCUGGCCGAAUUGGCUGGAGCACCAGGCUUCGAAGACUACGAGGAGAAUGACGAUGAAGUCUAUUUUGAUGAUGAAGAUGGCGACCCGGAUCCAGACGAGAUGAGUGAUUAUUAUGAGGAUUAUAAUGAGAAUUCGGAUGACGAUGACGAGGAUGCUGAGGGUGGAGAAGAUGAAGCGUAA